AUGGUGGCCGCUCAAGUCUGCCCCAUCGUGGGAACAACCAACACCGUCCUCCCUCCAAAACACCCCGACUUCGACCUUGACAAGCCUGGUCAGGUCUGUCCAGUGACCAAGGCAACAACCGACCAUCACCACAAUCUCUCCAAGCACCCGGGAAUCUUCGACUCGUCCUCCGACCUCUCGAACGCGGAUAACUGCCCUGCCUUGACCAAGAUCGUCAGCCAGCCCGAGCAGCAAGCCAUGGACGAGGCCAUCUGCCCCGUAGUUGGCACCGUUUCCAGUGUCUUGCCUCCUAACCACCCGUCUACAAAGGAGGCCAAGGAAGGGGAUGUGUGCCCCGUUACCAACGCCCGGUUCGAGCACCAUAAGGGGAAGAUCCACGAGCACCCAAGUCUCGAGGCGGCUGCGAAGGGUGCGGUGUGCCCUGUUGUGGGACACGCAUAA